AUGGGGCCGGUUGUAGAUAACAACGAGGCUAUGCGCUGUGAAUAUAUUUCAAUAAUUCUCCAUACAGCUGUCAGCCUCGAUGGUUUGAUUAUCUCGCCUCAAUUGUCAAUAAUUGGGAAGCAAAACCGGCCGGGGAAAGGUGUGGCCCAGAACCUGAUGCAAUGUCAAAGUUCAUGUGAGAAGGAAAAAAGGAAGGCAGACGUGGCAUUCGACUCUGAGUAUGAGUACGUUUACGACGUUCUCAAGGAUUCAACCGAACUGCGUAAGAAUGUGAAGGAUAGGGUAACGGCUAAUGAAGAACCCGCGACUGAGAAGCGUCGUGUGGAGGAAAAAAUCAAGAAAAAAUAA